AUGUACAGUCAAAGAGAAAUACCGGUCUAUACUGCUCCCCGGAUCGAAACGAGUCCGGAUCACUGUCCACCUCCAAGGGAGAAUGCGGCAUCAGAAGAAUCCGAUGAAAGGGCGGAUCCUCUUCUCACCGGGAAUUCUCCACUUACACAACCGGAAGUCUCCGAAUCAGACUUCACAAAGGAAUGGGUUGAGAGCCGUUUUCAAAGAUUUGAAGGCUCAACAACAGAACGGAUUGAUAGGCGUAUUCAAGAGUUUGAAGACUCCGCGGUUCAGCCAUUCAAGGAGAGAUUCCAAAGAAUCGUUUGCUCGGCACUCAAGUUCGCCGAAACCACAAGGUAUCUCUUGGACAAAACUCGGGACCGGCUCUCAGAAAUCAACGAAGAUCAACAGGAAGAGGCGGUUCUGCGCAGUAAAUACUUUAAGCGAACCGUAAUUUUGGAGGAUACGACCUCCGAGUUAAAGGAAAACUUUGGUCGGCUUGAAAGAGAGACCGAUCAACGAUUGGCGGAGGUUGCUGAGGACCUGAUAAAUGUGGAUGACGCGGCUGUAGCGGCUGAUGCUCAAACGGCUAAGAGGGUCCAGGAUGAGCUGGACGCCGAAGCAAGUAAAGAGAAGGAAGCACCGCGAUCAUCCCAACUUACCGAAGAAGAAGAGGAAGCCGAGCGACUUCGAAAGGCAGAGGCUAAGUUCCCGGGACUUACAAAGAAAGCAGCCGCUCAAGCUGCGGAGGAUGAUGCGCGGUUGGAAAGAGAAAGACGGAGGCUGGAAAGUUUCGCAAAAGAUAACAAGAAGAAAAAGGCAGCCUCCUCCGUUUCAGCGCCGACAAAGCGAAAGAGGGAACCUUCAAAGAAAGCCCAAAUAGCCGACCUGCUCAAUGAGGUUACUGAAACCGUCAUUACGAGUAUACCGCAGCAGGCAGCUCAAGUCGAAGAGGAGGUUGAAGAACAACUGCAGCCCCGGUCUACAAGACAACGAGUUUCCGAACCGGCCAGUCGACCGCAACCGGAGAAGAAAAAGCGGAACAUAUAUGACUUCUCGGACUCGGAAUAG